CAAAGUACAGAGCUAACGUUUGGAUCACACAAUGUCAGAGAAAAAUAUCCACGAGGAACCGGCAUGGCUCACCAAGGAUUAUGUGGAAAAGAAGUUACGUACAUAUUUCAAGGAAGACUCCCUCCAGUUGAAGAAACUUGGGGUUGAGCCAGCGACUGCCAAAGGAGACAAUUACGCCAGCGUGAUGACCCGCAUCAAUGUGAAGUACACCACAAAGGAUUCAAAGGACACGCAGGCUGCCACGUUCCUACUGAAAACCACAUUUGCCGACAAGGAUCCGGCGGCCAACUUACUGGCCGACUACGGGGUUUACACUAGAGAAAUGGACAUCUACGAACAGAUUCUGCCCCAUCUGGCGAAAAUGGUUAGGAACGAGAUCGGAGAGUCCCGAAAGAUGUUCGCAGCUACCGUAGAUGUGGAUCGCGAGCGGGAUUCGAUCAUCUUCGAGGAUCUCUCCCUCGAACACUACAAAGUGGCAUGCCGUAUCAAGAAAUUGGAUCUGGAACACACUCAUCUGGUUCUGGAAAAGCUGGCUAGUUUCCAUGCUGCCGGAGCAGUUCUUGCCGAGCGAAAUCCUGGGAUCUUUGAGAAAAACUACGAUCGAGGAUUUUUCAACAAACAUGUUCGUGGCUAUCAGCCAAUUAUGAGGAAUCUCCUGGAGGCCUUAUCCCGCUCCCUAGAACUAAAUCAGGAUCUCAAAGAGCGCUAUCAAAAGAAGAUAGAUCGACUAGUUGAGAAUAUAAUGGAUUACGGCGAACGAUCUACUUCAGCCAAUCCUGGAGACUUUCUAACCCUAGCCCAUGGUGAUCUUUGGACCACAAAUGUUAUGUUUCAGUACGAUGGAAAGGAUCGUCCUUCCAACGCCAUUUUAAUUGAUUUUCAGUUCAGCGUGUGGAACUCUCCGGCCAUCGAUCUGCACUAUUUCUUCUCCACUUCGAUACAGGACAAUCUUCGCUGGAAACAUCAGCCAGAGUUGGUGCAGUUCUAUUACUACAAGCUCGUGGAGUCUUUGAAGAAGCUGAAGUUUUCACGACACAUCCCCAGUUUAUUUGAGUUCCAACUGCAGUUUCAGGCGAGAGCUUUUUAUGCUGUUUUUUCUUCACUGAUUUUCGAGCCCUGCAUGCUCUACACUGGAAAAGAGGAGGCUUCCAUUGCACAAGGAUUAUCCCCUUCCGAAAGUGGAAUCCGAUUCAGAGACUCUGUUUAUCACGCUGAUCAUAUCAAAGAAAAAAUGGUUUUCACACUACCCUUCCUGGAUCAGUUGGGGCUGCUAGAUGAGUUGUAA